AUGCCGAUAGAUCCCGUAAUUUUGAAUGUGUUUGAUAUCAAGGCCAUACCAAGCAAUUGUUACACAUUUAACGGCUUAAAAGGAAAGAGGACUGGCUCUAUGAAAAUCAAUAUAAAGUCUAAAGUUUUUGUAAGAUUGAAGUCUGAAAGGGGUUCAGCUAAUCGAUUUUAUACAGGAUCACCGUUUGCUCUACAAGUAUGCCUCCAUUCCCCAUACGGCAUACUCAAUCCUUUUUACAAUGGAUUUGCUGUUAAGCCUGGUUACAAUUAUCUAGUUUUCCCCUCAAAGGAAGUUAAUGAACGGCUUCCCCCACCCUAUGCAAGUAUGUGCUACAAUUACACCCAAAUGUGGGAAACGCGCUCUGGUUUUGGACCACUUUCAAAAAGACUAUGCACAGAAGAAUGUCAUUUAAAUGAAUCAUUGGAGCACUUUGAAUGUGUGGAUCCUUAUUUUAUCCGGUACCCUAACAUGGCACCUAUUUGUCCAACUAAACAGGAAAGGGAUAUAUAUUCGGAAUGCAAGGAAUUAUGUCCUACAACUUGUAACUCAGAAGAAAUUUCGGUAGAUGUGCAAGAGUUACCUCUUCCCAGAUAUGAGAAUGCAAAAACGAGAGAUGAAUUUUCCAGAACUGCAAUAUCAUUUAGUUUCAACAGGAUGAUACUUGUCAGAUAUAAAUACUCUCCAAAAUAUGAGAGUGUGGCUCUAUUUUCUUACAUUGGAGGAUAUUUAGGUUUAUGGCUAGGAAUAUCUUUGGUUGCUAUUUGUGAUAUCAUAGAAACAACGCUCCUGAUUGGACAAUGGAUAAUUGAAAAACUUAAACGUCAUAAACGAAUUAAAAGCAAAGUUCAUGCCCAAAAUUCAAUGUUUGAGCCUCCGGAAAAAUUUAGUAAACAUCAAAACGAAAUGUGGAUUUUAUAA